AUGCCUGACCCAUCCCCAGUCGCCGUCGUCGACGUUCGCUUCGAGCACCACCGCCCAGGCGAUGCGCGCGGCGUCGACGAGACGGCGCCUCGUCUGUCGUGGCGCUUCGCCAACGCGCCGACCGGGUUCUGUCAGGAGGAGUACGAGAUCCAGCUGAGUAGGACGACGCUCGCUGACGGGAUCACGACGGAGCUGGGCUCCGUCCGGGUCGAGUCUCCAGAGUCGCAGCUCGUCCCAUGGCCCCUGAAGCCGGACGGCACGGCCGUGGCCGGCUCGCGUCAGACCAUCUCCGCUCGCGUGCGGGCCCGACCAAAGGGCAGGGCUAGCGAGUGGACAGCCUGGAGCGAGCCGUCGUGGUUUGAGACUGGGCUACUGUCGAGGGAUGAGUGGGCUACCGCCAGCCUCAUCUCGGCGCCCUGGGCCGGAAACGACCCAGCCACGCCCCUUCCCGAGGACCUGUUCCGCAAAACCUUCACCCUGGGGUCACCAGAGGCAGCGGCAACCAUCAAGUCGGCCAGGCUUUACAUCACCUCGCAGGGCGUAUACGAGGCCGAGAUCAACGGGCGCAGAGUGGGCGACUACGUGCUCGCGCCGGGCUGGCAGGUGUACUACGACGCCCUCGCCUACCAGACGUACGAUGUGACGGAACACCUGCAGGCCGGUGCCAACUGCAUCGGCGUGAGGGUGGCCGAGGGCUGGUUCAAGGGCCGCCUCGGGUUCGGCGGCGGAAAGCGCAACGUUUACGGAGACCGCACCGCGCUACUGGCCCAGCUCGAGGUCACCAUGGCCGAUGGCUCCACAGUUACGGUCGCCACCGACAAGACCUGGUUGACAACGCGCGGCCCGGCACGCCUCGCCGAGAUCUACAACGGCGAGAAGUACGACGCCACGGCCGAGAUUGACGGGUGGUCGAGUGCUGCCGACCUCAAGACGGAGGGGUGGGCUUCGGUCGACGUGCUCCCGCCGCUGCCGGACAGCGUGCACCUCAGACGGGGCUCGAGCGAGCCGGUCCGCCGCCUCCAAACGAUCAAGCCGGUGGCCAAGAUUACGACACCGUCGGGCAAGACCGUGCUGGACUUUGGACAGAACCUGGUGGGAUUCCUCCGCGUCGGGUUACGAGGGUCGCGGGGCCAUUCGAUCCUCCUCUCGCACGCCGAGGUCCUCGAGAAGGGCGAGCUCGGCACCCGCCCCCUGCGCGGCGCCGAGCAGCAGGACAGGUAUACGAUGCGUGGCGACGAGGCCGGGGAGACGUACGAGCCCCGACUCACCUUCCACGGGUUCCGGUACGCGCAGGUCGACGACUGGCCGGCCGAGUCGGGCGACCUCGAGGCCUCGAUCGAGGCCAUCGUGUGCCACACGGACAUGGAGCCGCGCGGCUCGUUCGCGUGCUCCGACGACCGGCUGUGCCGGCUCUUCGAAAACACGCGCUGGAGCAUGCGCGGCAACUUCCUCUCCAUCCCGACCGACUGCCCGCAGCGCGAGGAGCGCCUCGGCUGGACCGGCGACCUGGCCGUCUUCGCCCCGACAGCCAACUUCCUCUACGGCUCCUUCGGAAUGCUGCGCGACUGGCUCGCAGGCGUGCGGGCAGACCAGAAAAACUACAAGGGCGUGCCGCCCCUGGUCAGCCCCGACAUCUGGCGGAAUGGAGAGCAUCCCAAGGAAUUCGGGCGAGGGCUCCCCUGGGCCAUAUGGAACGACGUCGUGGUUCUCGCGCCCUGGGCCAUGUGGGAGGCGACGGGCGACAUUCGAAUCCUGGAGGAGCAGUAUAUUUCCAUCAAGGACUGGCUAGCAGUCAUCCCGCGGGACAACGAAUCUACGCAUCUUUGGGAUCGAGACAGACAACAGUUGGGAGACUGGCUCGACCCCGAAUCGCCGCCCGACAACCCGGCCAAGGCGCAGACGGACGCGGUCCUCGUCGCCAACGCCUUCCUCAUCCACUCGCUCGACUACACGGCCAAGAUCGCCGCGCUCCUGGGCCGGGACGCGGACGCGGACGCAUAUCGGGCCGAGGCGCAGAGUGCGCGCGCCGAGUUCGCGGCCAAGUACUACGUGGCGGCCAACGGGCGCAUGACGUCGGACGCGCAGACGGCGUACGCGCUCGCCGUUUGCUUCGACCUGCUGCCCAAGGCUGAGGAGCCGCGGCUCGCUGCGCGCCUGGCCGAGCUGGUGCGGCGCAACGGCUUCCGGGUCGGCACCGGGUUCGCGGGCACGCCGUUUGUGUGCGAGGCGCUAGCCCGGCGGCAGCAGCAGGGCGAUAAAGGCGGGCAUGCCGACGUGGCGCUCUCGAUGCUGCUCUGCGACAGGAACCCGAGCUGGCUGUACCCCGUCUCCAUGGGCGCGACCACGAUCUGGGAGCGGUGGGACAGCAUGCUCGAGGACGGCAGCAUCAACCCGGGCGAGAUGACGAGCUUCAACCACUACGCCUACGGCGCCGUCGUCGCCUUCAUGGUCGAGCGGCUCGCGGGCCUGCGCAGGCUCGAGCCGGGCUGGAGGCGCGCCCGCGCCGAGCCCGUGCUGCUCUUCGCCGGCCCGGGCGCGGUGAGCUGGGCGAGGGCCGAGCACCUGACGCCUUACGGCAAGGUGGCCUGCGCGUGGAGGCUGGAGGGGGAGGCCGAGGCGGGGCUGACGCUGGCCGUGGAUGUUGUUGUGCCGCCUACGACGGAGAUGGAGGUCGCUUUGCCGGGCGAGUCGGGCGAGACGGACGUCAAGCUGGUCGGGUCGGGCGAGUGGUCGUUCCGGGUGCCUUUUAAGCCGCAGUUCAAGUGGCCAGUGGGUUCCGAGUAGCAUGGACAGUUGCCAUUGACAGUGGCUGUCUCUUAUGAUGUAAUAGGUAUAUGGUCCAGCUUUCGAAAGCUCAGUCAUAGGAGCAUCAAAUUGUGCAAGUUGACAACUAUAAUUUUGUUCAGAUACGCCCCUGAACGAUAGCAAUCGCAGCACGUG